GCUUUAACCUCAGAAAGCGAAAAAAAGGAUCGACUGCUCGACUCCACUGCUCGACCAAAAAAUGGCGGCGGCGCCGGAGAGCAGCGAGGGCAAGUCGCCGGAGGAGCUGCUCUGCGCGGCGGCGAAGUCCGGUGACGAGGAGGAAGUCGCUAGACUCCUUGCAUCAGGAGCUGACGCCACCCACUUCGAUAGCGCCGGUUUGACCCCCCUCAUGCACGCGGCCGAGGGGGGCCACGCCGCCGUUGCGCGCCUCCUCCUCGACUGCGGGGCGCCGUGGAAUGCGCUCUCGCCCUCGGGCCUCUCCGCGGGGGACCUCGCGUCCGACCCGGACACCUACGACCUCCUCCUCGACCACGCGCUCCGCUCCGAGCUCAUCCUCGGCACUGUCGCGCGUCGACAGGCGGCCCCCGCGAACUCCGACGACGGGCCGCCCGCUGAGAACUACCUCGAAUCCAGGGUCUCGUUCAGCGAGGAGAGGGUGAUGGACGCGGAAAGCAAAGCGGUGAUGAUGGCGUGGGAGCGGCCGCUAAUGGAGGCGCACGCGCGGGCGGUAUGCCAAGGCGGUGGCAAGGUGCUCAACGUUGGGUUCGGGAUGGGGCUCGUGGACGAGGCGAUACAGAGGUACGAGCCCGAGGAGCACACCAUCGUCGAGGCCCAUCCAGAGGUGUACGCGCGGAUGCUAAAGCUCGGGUGGGGCGAGAAGAAGAACGUCAGAAUCGUGUUCGGGCGAUGGCAGGACGUGAUGCCACAGCUCGGAUCUUAUGAUGGUAUAUUUUUCGACACUUAUGGGGAAUACUACGAGGACAUGAGAGAGUUCCACCAACACCUUCCUAAGCUGCUGAAGCCCGGAGGGAUCUACUCAUACUUCAACGGACUCUGCGGUGACAACGCAUUCUUCCACGUGGUGUAUUGCCAGCUCGUCGCAAUGGAGCUGGCGAACCUGGGCUACUCGACGCAGUUCAUCCCUCUCCCCGUGAAGGAUUGCCUGCCCGAUGAAGUCUGGAAGGGCGUGCAGCAGAAGUACUGGCAGCUGGACACCUACCACCUCCCCGUUUGCCAGUCGGAAUCAGAGUCGGAGUGAAAUUCUGCGAAGGGAGUAACGGGGGUAUCUCCAAUUUGCGUCUGAAGUUUAUGAACUGUUUUUCUGGCUAGUUCAAGCAUGUUGUGUUAGUACAAAAUGAAAAUAGCACUCUUUCAGUUAAGGAGCUGAACUUUCUUUCGGCGUGCGA